GUUGUUUCAAAGAAGGGGUUGAGAUUUGUGCAGUCCUGGGCUACUUCACAAAGUAGCUAUGCCCAGGACUGUUGAUGAGCGAAGAACCGUAUGAGGUCGAGGCGAGGGACUUUGCUUCAGAAAGGUCUUGCUUGGAGCGACGACCACCCACUUUAUAAUCACAUUUAUCAUCACAACCACUUUCCCAGGUUGAUUCAACUCGAUUUUCUGCGGAGAUACUAGGCUGCCUACUUCUUGCAUAUGUGAUGGGGUUACGCCCGAUGCGGUGACCAAUCCCUACCAUAAGCUGCUGCCGCGUGGGGCACAGUGCGAUAUCAGCCUCAGAACUGACCAAUGGGUUAGAUGAAGCGCAUGAUAUUUUGUCUCACAAAACCCAACUGCAGAAUAAGACCAUAUUUAAUCGCAGCCUGAUUAAUCGCCUUGCCUGGAGUCUUGUUAACGCAGCCUCAAAACCGACCAAGAACAUUUCAUCACAGCCUAACAAAUCGCCAUGCGUGGAGCCUUGUUAACGCUGCCUCAAAAUUGACCAACCACAAAAAAGAAAAUUUCCCUUGCAGCCUAACAAAGCGCCUUGCCACCAAGUUAAUGUAUAUGCAGCCUCAAAAACAGCCAACUGGGAAGAAGGGCAUAUGUAUGUCUCACAACGAGCCAACGACAGACAAUAUUUGGGUAUUAGAUAUCUUGUGCCCUGACCAAUCUUGAUCACUUCCAAUUUUCUGGAACCUAUUGCUCUCAUCUACGAGCAUGCUACGCAAACGCGCAUGUGGGAUACCAAAAAUGUUCUUUUGGAUAUGGGCAGCCUCAAAAAGAGCCAACUGCAAGCCGUGCUCCUUAUCAUCGCCCAGACACAGCCGGCGCACCGCUGCUGGUUUGUCGUCUCUUAUCGAAACUUGCAGGAUCAAGAAUAGCUUCUAUGAUUAUAAAGGGGACGAGUCGUCCUUGAUGCAUUCAAGAAUUUCUACAAACUUCUUCUAUUCAACCACUGGUCUCUUGAAUAAGUCAAUACAACCGCUGAUCCUCCUCUUGAAAACACACGACUUCAUCAAAUCGAUCACUCUUGCUGUAGGUUCGCAAAAUGACCGUCAGCCGGGAGGUUACCACUUUGUCAGACCCCACGUUGCUUGAAAAGGUCGACAAGCUCCGUGACUUGAACAUUGGCCAACAUGUACCUCUCCCUCAGCUUGUUGUAGCCGGAGAUCAAAGCUCUGGCAAAUCCUCCUUACUGGAAAGCCUUACCGGAAUUCCGUUUCCGAAAGACCAAACCCUCUGCACUCGUCAUGCAACGCAGAUUACAUCUCGACGCAGUAUCAAUGACCGUGUCGAUAUACGCAUUAUUCCUGGCCCACACGCGUCAGAAGAGCAUAGGAAGGAGGUCGAGGGAUUCCAGAUGCACAUGCCUUCGGGUUUGAAAUUUCGGGAGCAGUUCGAGGAAAUCUUGAAGAAGGCCAAUGAAAAAAUGGGUUUGCGGACUGACGUAUCAACCGGGAAAGGCGCUGUGUUUAGCGAAGAUGUUCUCAAGAUCGAGUUGCAGGGACCACACGAGGACUAUCUCACCAUCAUUGAUGUCCCAGGGAUAUUCCGUACCACUACGCAGGGGACCACCAAAGAUGACAUGGUCAUUGUGAGAGACCUGGUCAAGAAGUAUAUCAAAGACGAUCGCACCGUUAUUUUAGCAGUGCUGCCUAGUAAUGUCGACAUUGCCACGCAAGAGAUCUUAGAGCUUGCGGAAGAUUACGACAAGAAUGGUGAGCGUACCCUCGGUGUGCUCACCAAACCCGACUUGGUACUUGAACAGAGUGCUCAAGCUGCCGUCUGUGACCUUGUCAAGGGCAAAAAACGACCACUUACUCUUGGCUACUUCGUCGUCCGCAAUCGUGGAGCAAGUGGCAGCUCAAAGGAGCAGCCAGAGCUUGAUCAGAUUUUCCGACAACAACCAUGGAUCGACCUUCCACAGGAUCGGGUAGGCAUUCCAGCCCUCAGAGAGCAACUCAUGUCCCUCUUAGUCGAGAUUACCCGACGCGAGUUUCCCAAAUUGCUCCAGGAUGUCAGCAAUCAAAUCAAAGAUUGCAAGAGGGAACUACAGAGUCUUGGGCCGCCUCGCCAGGAUGAGCGCGAGCAACGUGUUUACCUCAGUCGCAUUGCCGAAAUUUUUCAGGAUCGGGCUAGGGCAGCUUUGGCUGCGGAUUAUAACGCAGAUCCGGUUUUUGACAAAGACGAGCUCCGUCUCAUCACCCACGUAGUAAACAUCACCGGUGUUUUCAGUGCUGAUUUUCAACUGGGCGCCCAUUCACGACACUUCGAGAAAUCGUCUGUAGCAUCUGAUACCGAUGAAGAUUCCGAUCUUGAAGAGCCCCCCCGAGUUGAGUCGAUGAUAGACAACCUGCGAGUGCUCCUCGAAAAGGCAAGAGUCGACGAUGUUGCGCUGGGGGAGCGUGCCGAACUUGAUGGCAUUAUUGUCCCUCUCCCACCGCACAAGAUACCAAUGCCGCGUGAAGAUUUUUCGGCAUGGAUCAAUAACGUUUACUUGAAAUCAAGAGGCUUAGAUCUUGGCACCUUCAACGCAAACUUUGUUGCUACGGCUUUUGCAGAGCAAUCACGCAAAUGGGGCGACAUGACUAAGAUCUAUAUGAGCCGGGUUAUCAUCACCCUUCAUCGCUUCAUCGCCGCUGCACUUCGUUCCAUAUGCUCAGAGGAGCAAACCCGUAGUCAUUUAUGGUCCGCAAUCCUCGAGAGCCUUGUGGAACGCUACAAGACGGCAAUGGCCCAAGCGAGCCUAUUGAUCGAAGUUGAACAGCGCAAGAAGCCGUACACGCUCAACAAACAGUUUGCUGAGGCUCUCUCCAAGGCUCGAGGCUAUCGAGUCACCGAGCUCCUACGUCCUAAGGCUAGAAAGGACAUCAAGCAGUACGGAGAUACUCAGUAUAUGGUCAAUUUGAACGACAUCGCCAAAGUUGCCGAAGGCAAAAGCAACGUGGAGCAGUUGCAGGAAGAGAUUCAUGACAUUCUUCAAGCUUACUACAGCCUGGCACUUGACCGAUACAUUGACAAUAUCUUCCAGCUCGCCGUUGACUACUGCCUGUUGCAUGGCCCUUCUAGUCCCUUGAAAGUGUUCACUCAGGACUGGGUUAUCAACUUAGAAGCUGAGCAGCUUGAACGGAUCGCCGGAGAGACUAAGUCUUCCAAGAAGUGCCGCACGAAACUUGCAAAGAAGAUUGUAGAUUUGACUGACGCCUUGAAGAUCCUCAAGACCUAAGUGGCAAUCACUCUCGUUGAUUCCAACAAGUCAGCGCAGACGUCUCGUUUAACUUCUGGUUCAGGAAUCGAGCACAGCCCCACGUUAUAUAUCCUGUCGCAAUUCCUGUCGCAAUUCCUGUCGCAAUU